UCCAGUCUGUCAGUGACUAAGCCUGCGCGGUCGGCGGUUGUUGUUGUGCGCGAGUGUCUGAUUAUUGCGCGCAUGGUGAUAAACAGUUUUUGUGUUAACAGCUGAUCCGCCCGCCAUCAUGUCGGUCAAUAUUGGAUUCUUUAUAUGUGCCUUCCUACUGUGCUACCCUGAUGGUGGACUCAGCCAACAACGCCGCAGCAGUGUGUCCAGCUCAAGCGCAGGAGCUUCAGCAUCUCAGGUGGUGGACUUUGACUGCCCAGAAGAGUUCGGGUACUACCCCCACCCCGCCGACUGUACCCAGUACUACGUGUGUGUGUUCGGCGGUGCACUGCUAGAGUCAUGCACUGGCGGACUUAUGUACAGCCACGAGCUCCAGACGUGUGACUGGCCCCGCAAUGUGGGCUGUAGCAGCGGGGCCCCUGAUGUUCAGGUAGUGAGCACCGCCAGGUCACAAGAGCCUCAACCUAGACAGCGGCCGCAGCAGCAACAGACUAGACAACCACAGCAGCAGCAGCAUCAACAUCAGCAGCAGCAGCAACAACAACAGCAGCAGCAACAACAACAACAGCAGCAGCAGCAACAACAGUAUGUGCCACAAAGACCACUCCAGCGUGAGGAAGCCAUCCCCAAACAUCACCUAUACGCCGAGGAGGAGCUUGGGCCGGCAGAAGAAGUUGAGAGCGACAGACAACAGAGAGUGUACCGAGGCCAGCCGGCUACCCUGGGCCAGGUGGCGAGGGACAGAGACGGUCUUAGCAGACACUCAAACGCUAUCCAGAUCACACCAUCCAAUGGUAGAGAGAAACUGUCCGUCAUAUCUUUCGGCACACAGCAGCAGUACACCCGUCAAAGCAUCUCACCGCCCCAAUAUGUGGAGCAGACGACCACUCGCGUGACAGGACGAGGCUACAACUCGACCCAGCAGCAGUACACACCCUCGCCCUACGACCCUUACUACAACAUAUACGAGGACGACUCCGAUCUGUACAAGGACAUUGACUACAGUCAAUACCAGGGACAACAAUACCAGUCACAGCCCAAACCCCCCGUACAGCAGCAAGUGCAAGCUCCCCCACCCCCUCCUCCCUCCCGCAAACCCACUCUCCAGUACACACCAUCCCCUCCCCCGCCGUCAUACAACGCGGUACAACAGGACGUCUACAGCCAGGCUCAAGACUACAGUGACAACUACAACCUUCAGGAUGAAGACAUUGACUACAAGCAGGCUGAUAUAGAUGUGAAGGGUAACAGAUCCAGAACAUCUAAGCGUCAAGAUCCUGCAAAACCUACAACCAGUGUAGAAAACUUGACUGAAAAACAGGCUGACCCAAACAUUCCUACUAACAAACGUUUGACGCUGACAGCUUCAUUCUCUUUUGAUGACGAUAAGACACCCGUUACCUCGUCCAGAAAAACUGAGACUAGUCCGAGACAAAGGCCGAGCUUGACCUCUUUCCGAGUGGAAGAUCCACCGAGCAGUGGUCCGCAACGUGACACACAUAAUCUGGUACUGAGUUAUAUACGAUUGGAGAAUGCUGCUGCAAAUAAUCCAUCCAGAACUGAGCCAAAGGUGGCGGGAACAAAUCCUAAAACAUAUGCACUAAAUUCACAGACCCUGCAGAGAGAACCAUCUCCCAACACAGGUUCUAGACAGUAUACAUACUUUUUACAUGAUCUUGAAACAAGUGAGAUAUCAUCAACAACAUCUCCUGAGUCGACUGAAUCUACAACCAAGGAGCGAAAAACAAGACCGUUUAGAAUAGUUGUACCAAGUACAACCGAGAGUCCAACUGACACUACCACAACUGAAGAGUCUACAUUGAGACCAAAGUAUUCUAUCCGAAGAGGCAACAAACACUAUGAAGAUACAUCAGAACUAUCGACAACAACCAACAAUAUUGCUGAGACUGUGAGACCUUACAAACUGCCCCCACUGUCACCAGAGACUGUUGGAAUUAGACUUGAACAGUCUCGACUGAAGGCAAUACAAGCUCUCGAGAAGAAAACAGAAGAUGUGCUACUGAGUCUAAAAGAAACUCAGGAUAUAUUAAAAGGAAGAAACUUAAUUUAUAACAGUCAAGAUAGAAAUUCACUAAAUGGAAGCACUAAAGAAACCCCAAAUGAUGAAACUGAUGUUCGAAUUAGAAGCAAAGUCAACACUCAAGAAUUACCCGAUGUUCGUCCACCUCAAAGGUUCAACGCGGAUAAAACAGAAAAAUCUUAUGGAAGUUCAGCAAAAGAAGAAACUCCACUGGUCUCAGAUGACGGUCCGACUGUUAGAAGGUAUUCUAACCGUUUAGUGACUACUCCUUCAAUAGAGGAAAGUGUUGUAAAACUUAUUCCUAUAAAACCUGUCAGAAGUAGAUUUCAAUAUGAGGGAAAAUUGAGUGAGGAUGAUACUUACAAAAAACCUUCAGAACAAAUUCCUUUGAGUGCGCCUGUGAGAAAUAUUCAACCUAGCUAUCAAGUGACAGAAGAGAAUUCAGACUUAGAAAAUUAUACUCCUUCAUAUGUGCCAUUAAGUCGACGGUUCCAACAAAAGAAAACAGAAUCUAAUGUGAAAGAAAGUUUGAAUUCAUCAUACCCAAAGAAAAGCCUUUCUCAAACACAAAAUGAGAACAAUAAUCUUUCAAGUAGGCAAUUGACAAGAUCUCAAACUACCGAACAGUCAGGUCAAAAGUCACUUUAUUCAUUGAGAAUCAACAAUGAUGAAGGGAGAUUGAAAGGGGAUGUAGGUGGUCUUGUUCUAGCUACCUUAGAAGCCAUUACUGUUUCACCUGAAAAAUUUAAUAAGACUUCUAGAACUGACAUAAAUUCUCAUACAGACGUUUCUGAACCAAUCUCAACUGGAGAAAAAGAUGGCAAUCAGGCUAACAAUAAAUUGCCUACAAAUAACAACGGUAAUCAGAUUAGAAUGAGAAGUCAAAGUAGGAUUUAUACACAACAAAAUAGUCAAAAUGGAAAGGAACAGGAAGAACAGAACUCACCAAAAGGAUUCACCAAUGCUGAGAGUUACGAUAAUGAAGAGUUUGAUUUUGUGCCAUUCAGAACACCUACUCAUCAAAGGAGUCCUCCUAGAACUGAAACAACAACAAGAAGUGAAACCCCACAAACAACUGAAGAGAAACAGGUUACUGAGGCAACUGUGAGACAAGAAAACAGAAACACCCAGAGCUAUCCAAACACAGACUUUGUCAGUACCGAUUUCGUUAGAAAAGUAAACCAAGCCAACAAAAGAUUGAGGUAUAGAAAUAGAUUUGAACCUGUGACAGAGGAUGAAGCAAGUGAUCAGGUAAACUUAGAUAAGGAAGUUUCUGAUGAAGGAUCACCAGAUUCUACAGAUAACAGAAACGAGGACAGAAUUCAAAAAGAAGAAGAGGAAGAAAACAAUCAACCGAACCCGGUACCUAACUAUGAUGAGUAUCAAUUCACUAAUGCCAGACAAUUUUGGAAAACAACUUCAAAACCAAGUGAAGACCAGGUAGAUGAUGUUACAGAGGACAUAGAAGAAGUGAUCAAAAGAAGACAGAACAUGAGAAGAAUGCAAAUAAGAAAGAAAGUCAGAAUCACUACAGUACAACCUGAAACAUCGAGUACGGAUGUGACAGAAAACAUUUCAACUGUUCGACCGGCAAGAUUUCAAACUGAACAACCAGAAGUUAGAUACUAUAAGACCUCAACCGAUUCUCCAACCGCAGAAGAUGAUGUUAGUAAAACAAUCAGACAAGGAACAGCUUUUACUGAAUCCAGUGACCAAAGUGAUUUUCCCAGAGAACAGAAAAAAGAAACGGCUGAUGAUAAAAAUAACAGGGAAAGAUAUCAAAAUGCACGUGAAAGAGGACGUAUUCAAUCUCAACAAAAAGAAACCUAUUCUUUGAAAUCAAACUUUGUACCAUUAGUGGUUGAUCCUUAUUCGUUGAUAUCAUCUUCAUUCACAAAUGACAACAAAGCCCCAAAUAGAACAACACUCUACCAGACCACACCGAGAAACAUUGUAAGAUCAAACAGAUUUGAAACUAAACCAGUCAUGUCAGAAUCAUUCCCACCGAUAGCAGCAGAGGUAAAUUCAUACUUUAGAGGAGCGGGUCAGAACUCAUCAACUCCUGUGGAAAGCACAACUCCUUACGCAAUGACGACAGUAGAAAAAAUUAGAGACAAGUUCAGACUUGGCACUUUCCCGAAACCAGUUCCCUCCUCGAAUUCUUUCAGCCGCAAGCCUAGUGUAGAGGACAACACGCCUCCGCCGCUUCUGUCAGACAAAUGUUCACAAGAACUGGACAACGACGCAGACUGUGGCGACAAACCACUAAGAGUCAGGCCAGUAUCAGCUUCCCCAGAAAGCCAGUCAACUCCUGGUUUGACCAGGGGAAGCAGCCGCAACCGAGGCAGCGCCACAUACACUGUCUCCCCCAACGAGGCAGAGCCACCCCAGCGAGGCACACCAUCUUCCCUCAGUAGGGGCCGACCUACACUGAAACCCUCAACCUCUAUUGUGUCCAAGGCCGCAGAGUUUGUUGACAUCUACAGAUUCCCACCUUCUAGGCCGGAGCCGAUCUACCCAACACCUCAGGUUGACAAAACUGCCGCCAAGUGUCGUAAGGACGUUUGUCUGCUGCCCGACUGUAGCUGUGGAGGAAAAGAAAUUCCUGGGGAUCUGCCAGUUGAAGAAACGCCUCAAAUCGUUCUUCUGACCUUUGACGACUCAGUCAACGACCUGAACAAGGGACUUUACAGCGACCUUUUCGAGAAAGGACGAACCAACCCCAAUGGUUGUCCAAUUUCAGCUACCUUCUAUGUAUCCCACGAGUGGACCGACUAUAGCCAAGUUCAGAAUCUCUACGCAGGCGGACAUGAAAUUGCAUCACAUUCUGUAUCACAUAGUUUCGGAGAGCAGUUCUCAGUCAAGAAGUGGACCAAGGAGAUUGCUGGUCAGAGAGAGAUCCUAUCAGCCUACGGAGGAGUUCGCCAAGAAGACAUCAGAGGCAUGAGAGCGCCUUUCCUUGCUAUUGGAGGCAACAAGAUGUUUAAAAUGCUCUACGACUCCAACUUCACUUACGAUUCCUCGAUGCCGGUCUAUGAAAACAAACCACCCAGUUGGCCUUACACCUUGGACUACAAGAUAUUCCACGACUGUAUGAUUCCUCCUUGCCCCACUCGCUCAUACCCUGGAGUGUGGGAAGUACCGAUGGUGAUGUGGCAGGAUCUCAACGGAGGCAGAUGCUCGAUGGGUGAUGCAUGCAGCAACCCACCUACGUCUGACGGGGUUUACAAGAUGCUCAUCAAGAACUUUGAAAGACACUUCACAAGCAACAGAUCACCAUUCGGCCUGUUCUACCAUGCAGCCUGGUUCACACAACCUCACCACAAGGAAGGCUUCAUAGCGUUUAUGGACGCCAUCAACAAGAUGCCUGAAGUGUGGAUAGUCACCAACUGGCAAGCCAUUCAGUGGGUGCGAGACCCAACCCCUAUGUCCAGGCUCAACGGUUUCACCCCCUUCGGCUGCAACUACCCUGAGAGGCCGAGGAAGUGUAUGAACCCCAAGGUGUGUAACCUGUGGCACAAGUCAGGCGUGAGGUACAUGAGGACGUGUCAGCCGUGCCCGGACAUCUACCCGUGGACUGGCAAGACUGGAGUACGCAACAGCAGAGUAGACAAUGAGAUCAUCACGGAAUAAUUCUAAAACCGCUCAAACCGCUAUGUGACCACUUCUUCAUCUUUUGAGUAAACCGAGGAAUCGUCCAAAAAAUGGAAGGACUGGUUACAUGAUCGUUCAAAACUUUCUUACUGACUGACAGAAUCGUGACGAGUGUCACAAAGUGCCUUUGUAAUUGUCUAUUUCAUUGGCCAAUAAGAGAACUGCAUCUUGCCGUACGAGUACCGGUGUUGAGAAUUGUAUAUAUGCGCUGCUAGGCUUCGGGCCAGGAUUUUAAUUUAUGUGAUCGAUGUACGAUAAUUUUAUAUUUAUUUUGUAAAUCUUUUUUAACUUAGCAACCACUCAACAUUCUUAGCUUUAUUUAGACAUAGCGUGUAAACUACCAGAAUAGCUGUGAUGUCGAUCGAGCAAAUUUCUAUUCGUAAAAUUUUAUCAGGAAAGUUUAACAGUUUUGAAUUUAUUUUAAGAUUGACUUUUGUAAAAUGUGAUAACUUUUUAUGUACAAAUCUUCUAAUGAGUUGAUUGUGGUAGCUAUAUAGAAGUAAGCUGUAUAUGUACAAGCCAUUUCUAGAAAUAAAAUGAGUAAUUUUAUUUUAUAA